AUGGCACCUAAAAAAGGCUCUGCCUCUGGCAAAAGUAACGCCUCCAAAAAGACCACACUUGCAGUCCCAGACAGCGAUCAUAUAGUUUUCACUAAGGACAAAAAUGACAAAAGGAAGCAGGAACAGAAAGAGCCCGACGGAGCUCCACCACGGGUUGAUGUGAAAAAGAUUAUUGGAGGUGCUUCAUGGACUGGCAAGUUACCAGUCAACCUGCUAUCAGAGCACUGCCAGCGAGAAAAAUGGAAUAAGCCGGAGUAUCAGGGCCGUCAAGUUCCAGCAGCAAACGGCGGAGAUAAACUUCACCGGUCAUGGGUUGUUCUGUCGAGGACGGACCCGAAGACGGGAUCUGUCACGAAACUUCCCCCAUUUCAUCUUCCCCCAUCACAUGCCCAACUCGCAGAUCAGCCGACAGCGCUGGAAGCUCGUCAUUUCGCAGCUGCUUAUGCCUUGUUCCGUGUGUCCAGUAUGAAGAAUUUGGCGAUGGCAUUACCUCCUACCUACCGAGAUCUAUGGAAAGGUGACUUUCAACGUCUUAAAGAGGAAGAUGUCAAGGAUGGUAGGGCAUGGAAAUAUGAUGCGGACCCCUUCGCCGCCGAACUCAAGGGACAGGAGAUCAAAGCUGCCCUGGAGAAGCGAAAGGAGCAAGAGGCACGGCAACCCCCCAAGACUGCAUCGUCAGGUUUGACUGGCUCAGCACCGGAUAAUAUUACAUCGAAAGCAUGGGAUCGAGCGUCGCGACUUGAGCUAGGCCAAGAGGCUCGCACACGGACCGAGGCAAUCAUCAGGUCCCGAAGCAUCUGGAACCCAAACAGGCUUGAGAUUUCCAAAAUGGACAAGGACUUAAUUGUGUCCGAUCUGUCUCGGUCUGGCUUUCAACCCUCCCACAUCCAAGAAGCGCUCGAAAACUGCGGCACACGGGAGGAAGUGUUGGAGUGGCUGCUAAUCCACGUUCCUGAAGAUUGCCUGCCUGCAUGGAGCUUCCCACCUGGUUAUAAUGCUGGCAUUACUCUCGUUAGCAGCGACCUAGCGACUGAAGCCAAGAUAAAGCGGCUGAGUCAAGGAGGCUAUCCUAGCCAGCUAUGUCUUCAAGUCCUACGCGAUAAUGACGGCGAUGAGGCUCUAGCGGCGGAAGCCCUACAAUCACGACUCCUGCCGUCCGAGGUCGACCUGAUUGUGGACGCAGAAGGCAGUGUGGACGUCUGGGAUGAGGAAAUGACUGCUCUCGACGCCAUACUUGCGGAAAGGUUCAAGCUCUCUGGUCAUUACAGAUGCUCUAUCCAGGCGGAUCCCAAUUCAAAGAUCUCUGCCACAUUUCACUUUCGUCGUCCGACGUCCGGUUAUCCAAGCAGAUUACCCAUUAUCUCAAUUGAAGCACCCGGAAUACCGAGUUACAUUCGCCUGAGCGCAACCAAGAGAGCAUGCAAAUAUGCUCAGGAACAUCUCCUUGAGGAUCCGAUGAUAUUCAGUUUAUUGGAAUGGCUAGAGAGCUCAAUGCCAAAUAUCAUCGACAAUCCUGGAAAAUUGAGUGACUUGGAGAUGACCUCCGUUCCCAUGGGAGGAAUGUUUGCAGCGACGCAGAAUGUAACGGACGAAUAUUCUAUCCCAUCAAGACCGAGGGGAAAGGCAUACACGAAGGAUAAUCGAACCAGCGAAGCAAUAUUCGAUGCUUGGAAAACGCGACAGAGCUUGGAAGCUCAACGGACAAUGAACUCAGUCCGGCAACGUCUACCCGCAUGGACCAAAAAAGAUGAAGUUAUUAAUGUGGUUGGACAAUCGCAAGUGACUCUGAUCACGGGAGAAACCGGCUCCGGGAAAAGCACCCAGGCGGUCCAGUUUGUGCUGGACGGCGCAAUCGAAGCAAUGCGAGGCUCUUCGGUCAACAUCAUCUGCACGCAACCCAGGCGGGUCGCUGCUCUGUCAUUGUCCGAGCGUGUUAGUGCAGAGCGAUGUGACAAAGAAGGCCAGGAAGUGGGAUAUAUCAUCAGGGGAGAGUCGAAGAUCUCGUCCAAAACGAAAAUCACAUUCCAAACCACGGGCGUGCUCCUUCGACGCCUACAGACGUCGUCCAACAUCAAAUCAGCUCUGGCAAAUAUCAGCCACAUUUUCAUUGAUGAAGUCCAUGAGCGGUCGCUGGAUACCGAUUUUUUGUUGGCCUUGCUGCGCGAGGCCCUGCCAUCCUUGCCCCUUUUGAAGAUCGUCCUGAUGAGUGCGACACUGAAUGCCGAUACGUUCGUCGACUACUUUGGCGUCGACAGAGUUGGCAGAAUCCACGUCGAAGGUCGUACAUACCCGGUCCAGGACUAUUACUUGGACGACGUUGUCCGGCUCGUGGGAAACGAGAAAAGAGAAUUUCAGCCAGAGUCAGACGAUGACCCCCCAGUGGGCAAGGCGAUACAGAAUCUCGGGAUUGGAAUCAAUUACCAGCUAAUCGCUUCCCUUGUGCGACAUAUUGACAUGCAGCUGGGUAGUUCCAGUGGAGGGAUUCUCAUUUUUAUGCCCGGCACGCUAGAAAUCGACCGAUGUCUUAGGACCCUAGCUAGCAUACCCGGUAUUCAUGGCCUACCGCUCCAUGCUUCUCUCACACCUGCCGAACAGCGUCUCGUGUUCAGACAACCGCCAGCAGGUAAACGAAAAGUGGUUGUUGCCACGAAUGUUGCCGAGACAUCAAUCACCAUUGAAGACAUUGUGGCCGUGGUCGACUCGGGCAAAGUCAAGGAGACGAACUACGACCCUGUCACCAAUAUCGUGCGUCUGGAAGAGGUCUGGGCUUCGCGAGCAGCCUGCAAGCAGCGUCGUGGCCGAGCUGGUCGAGUUCGAGCGGGGAAUUGCUACAAACUCUUUACGAGGAAUGUAGAAGCCAACAUGGCGGAGUCUCCCGCCCCAGAAAUGCUCCGGACACCCUUGGAGCAGCUAUGUCUUUCGGUCAAAGCGACUGGUUCAGUUCGCAAUGUGGAGGAAUUCCUGGCAAGCACCAUCACGCCGCCAGACAGUCGCGCUGUUGUUACCGCUCUGAAGACCUUGCAGCGGAUGGGUGCUUUGGAGAAUGAUCGCUUGACAGGUCUCGGGACCUACCUGGCAAUGAUACCCGCUGACCUUCGCUGUGCGAAACUGCUCGUUUACGGUGUCCUAUUCGACUGUGUGGAAUCCUGUCUGACGAUUGCUGCCAUCUUGGCGACCAAGAGUCCGUUUGUCUCACCGCGCGAGAAAAGAGAUGAGGCGAAGGAAGCAAGACUGUCCAUGAAUGCCUCGGACGGCGACAUCGUUGUCGACUGUCGAGCAUAUGAGCUGUGGAAAGAGGUGUCUGCGACAUCGCGAUACAAAGAUGUGCAGCAGUGGUGUUCUUCAAGAUUCUUGUCUCCUCAGACCCUCCGCGACAUUGACUCGACUCGACGGCAGCUUCUUGAUUCCUUGAUUGAAGCCAGCCUGUUGCCUGCCAAUUACAACAGUGACCUAUCCCUCUACAACCGACAGAAGAGCAACAACAUGCUCCAACGGGCCAUAAUCGCCGGUGCUCUAAACCCUCAGAUUGCACGCAUUCAAAUGCCGGACAAGAAAUACAUUGCGUCUAUGAGCGGGGCCAAAGAACUCGACCCGGACGCCAAAACAAUCAAGUACUUCAACGAGGAAAACGGAAGGGUAUUUGUGCACCCCAGCAGUGUCCUCUUCGACGCCCAGGGGUUCUCUGGCAACGCAAGCUUUGUGAGCUAUUUCACCAAGAUGGCGACGAGCAAGACCUUCAUCCGGGAUUUGACGCCUCUCAACCCCUACGGACUGUUGUUGUUUGGCGGGCCCAUCGAGGUCGAUACACUGGGGCGAGGAGUCGUUGUGGAUGGGUGGGUGAAGCUGAGAGGGUGGGCUAGGAUCGGUGUUCUGGCUUCGCGGCUACGAGCACUGUUGGAUGAUGAGUUGAGAAAGAGGAUCGAUACUCCUCGCCACCUCGCAGGCGACGGCGCCGAGGAUCAUCAUGGGAUUUUUGAGAUUGUUAGACAUUUGGUGGAGUUCAAUGGGCAGGACAGAUAG